AUGACUGUUCAGGCUAUUGUGAAUCGGGUUAAUCAGUUAGCAAUCGAGUUCAAAACAUUCACAUCGAUGGCUGCCUCUGUCUCUGAUAAGUUUCCUCCCAAAUCUACCUCAGCAAUUGCUAAUUCUAGUGAAAACAAACAGGCUGGGGAUGAAGAUGUAAAUCUUUUUGCUUCUGAUAGUGAGGAUGAUGCCGCAGCAGCUCAAAUGAAAGCUGAAAGAGUCAAGGCAUAUGAAGAAAAGAAGAAAAAUAAGACUGCAGUGGUCGCCAAAUCAAGCAUUAUUCUCGACAUCAAGCCUUGGGAUGAUGAAACGGACAUGGCCAAAAUGGAGGAGGCUGUCCGCAGUGUUCAUUGUGAUGGUCUUGUCUGGGGUCAAUCAAAAUUAAUUCCCCUCGCAUAUGGAAUUAAGAAACUCCAAAUAGCGUGUGUCGUAGAGGAUGAAAAGGUUGGAACGGAUUUCUUGGAGGAGGCGAUCACAGCCUUCAGUGAUUUGAUACAAUCA